UCCUUUCAAACUUUCAAACGGUGGAGGAACUUAUCAAGUUUGUCACUAUGGUGAUCUUCACGUCAUCAGCGCAGCAUUCUGCAGUGAACAGUGCACAGUUUGAUUUAAUAGGUUGGAUUCCCAAUGGUCCACUGUUGCUGCACCAAGCUCCACCAACAACAAAGGGACAGUCAAGCACGGAGGCCAUCUUGGCGACUCUGCCAAAUAAAUAUUCUGCAGGACUUUUUAUGUCAUUUGUGUGGCUGAUCAGCAGGAAAUAUGAUGAUUUUGUACCUCUGGGAACUUAUCCCGAGCAACGCUUUGAUGAGUCUGCAGCUUUACAGAUGAUCAAGGAUUUUCAAGCAGAGCUGUCAUCCCUCAGUGUGGUUAUUACCAAGAGGAACUCAGAGCUUGAGCUGCCUUAUGAUUACUUGAACCCUAAAGAAAUAGACAACAGUGUAAAUAUUUGACCAGGAUCAUGUUUUCAACAACUAGCUUUGUUGUCAUAGCUUUGUUGUCCAGUGUCCUGCAAACAUUGUGUAUCUGCUGAGACAGUGAUUCCUGUACUGUAACUGACACUGUUGGCUUAACCUGAAAGUAAAGAUUCACACAUUUA